AUGGCAACACAAACCGCUACCACCACAGUCUCGUCCUCGAUCCGUGAUUAUCAUAUCCAACUGACCGGGAGCACCGAUGCUCUGCCAGUCAAGAUAACCCGGAGGCGCGUUGUAGGCAGAAAUCCUCCGCGAUGGCCUACCAACUAUAGACGAGUUCCACCCCACCGACCUGUCAAUAAAAAUCUGGACCCCGCGGAACGUCCGAACGGGGCGAGUAUCGGGGAAUGGGUCUUUGUGAAUGUCAUGCUGAACGGCGUGCGCUUGAACUCGCUAUGA